CGGAGCAUGGCAGCGCUCGCGGCCGCCUCCCCCGGCGGGGACGAGUGUCUGGAGGAGGAUGAGGAUGAGCUGGAGCCGGGGCUGGACGAGGCCGAGGCCGAGCCGGAGGUGGCCAAGGCGGCGGGGGCGGCCCGGGGGGCGGUGCUGACCCGCAGGGGCAUCACCCUGAGGGUCCUGCUCCGAGACGGGCUCCUGGAGCCGGGCAGGGGCGUCCUGUCCAUCUACUACCUGGGCAAGAAGUUCGUGGGGGACCUGGGCUCGGACGGGACGAUCACCUGGCAGGAGACGGGGCAGGUGUUCAACUCGCCCAGCGCCUGGGCCACGCACUGCAAGCGCCUGGUGAACCCCGCCAAGAAGUCGGGCUGCGGCUGGGCCUCGGUGCGCUACAAGGGCCAGAAGCUGGACCAGUACAAGGCGGCCUGGCUGCGCAAGCACCAGCCCAACGUGCCGCCCCCCGACGAGGUGGGACCGGGCUCGCCUCCCCCCGGCACCCCCGGCGUGCGGGGCGAGCUGGGUGCCAGCCCCGUGUGCCCGCAGAGCUUGGCCAGCGAGGGCGAGGAGGAGGAGCUGCCCGAGGAUGAGGAGGAGGAGGCGGCCAGGGAGGGUCGGCUGGCGGUGCCGGAGCCGGCGGCUCCCAAAAAGCCGGAGGAGAGGAGCAAGAAGCAGCAGGGCAAGGGCCUGGCGGAGCCGGCGGGGACGGACGGAGGCAGCGCCGGGAAAAGGCUGGAGGUGAAGCCCCGGGUGCCCGUCCGCUACUGCACCCUGGGCACCCGCGACUCGGCCAGGAACCCCCAGACCCUGGUGGAGGUGACCUCCUUCGCCGCCAUCAACAAAUUCCAGCCCUUCAACGUGGCCAUCUCCAGCAACGUCCUCCUGCUCCUGGAUUUCCACAGCCACCUGACGCGGAGCGAAGUGGUGGGGUACCUGGGGGGGCGCUGGGACACCAACACCCAGCUGCUGACCGUGCUCCGAGCCUUCCCCUGCCGGACCCGCCUGGGUGACGCCGAAGCCGCGGGCGCUGUGGAGGAGGAGAUCUGCCAGAGCCUGUUCCUGCGGGGGCUGUCGCUGGUGGGGUGGUACCACAGCCACCCCUUCGGGCCGGCGCUGCCGUCCCUGCACGACAUCGAUGCGCAGAUGGAUUACCAGCUCAAGCUGCAGGGCAGCGGCAACGGCUUCCAGCCCUGCCUGGGGCUCAUCUGCGGGCCCUUCUACCACGGCAACCCCGGCGUGGAGUCCAAAAUCGCGCCCUUCUGGGUGAUGCCGCCGCCAGAGCAGCGGCCCAACGACUACGGGAUCCCCAUGGAUGUGGAGGUCACCUACAUCCAGGACGGAUUCCUCACCAACGACGUCGUGCAGGAGAUGACGCUGCUGGUGGAGUUCUACAAGGGAGCCCCCGACCUGGUGAAGUUCCAGGAGCUGUGGAGUCAGGAUCAGACCUACCUGGACAAGCUGAAGGGCUCCCUGGCCUCCCGCACCCCCAAAGACCAGAGCUUCAGCCACGUCCUGGAGCAGAUCUUCAGCCUGCUGAAGCUCAGCGGGUGAGGGCGCGGGGCCCCUCGGUGGGACCAGGCGCCUCCCGCAGCCCGGGCGGGGCUCGCAGCCCCGGGGCUCUCCGGGC